AUGUGUUCUGUGGGAAGCCCCAGCUGUAACCCUGAGGGUCAGGAGUUGCAGAGGCUGGGGCCAAGAGCCUGGGACAACCCAGCUUACAGUGGGCCCCCCUCACCACCUGCAUCCCUGAAGAUCUGCACCAUCUCUGGUCCUUUACCAAGUCAGCCUGGAGAGAAGCCCAAAGGUGGGCCCCUCAAGAGGGCACCUCAAGAAUCAGGCAUGGACUGCUGUCGCCACAUGUGUUUCCACAUCUGUCGUGGCAUCCGAGGUCUUUGGGGUACGACACUAACAGAGAAUAUGGCGGAAAACAGAGAACUUUAUGUCAAGACCACCCUGAGGGAGCUGCUGGUGUAUGUGGUGUUUCUAGUGGAUAUCUGCCUGUUGACUUAUGGAAUGACCAGUUCCAGUGCUUAUUACUACACCAAAGUGAUGUCAGAACUCUUCUUACAAACCCCAUCUGCUACUGGAGUCUCCUUCCAGACCAUCACCAGCAUGAAAGACUUCUGGGGCUUUGCCCAGGGCCCAUUGCUUGACAGUCUUUAUUGGAACAAGUGGUAUAACAACCAGAGCCUGGGCCAGAGCACACACUCAUUCAUCUACUAUGAGAACCUGCUCCUGGGUGUUCCAAGGCUGCGGCAGCUCAAAGUGAGGAACAAUUCAUGUGCCGUGCAUGAAGAUUUCCAAGAGGACAUCCUGGGCUGUUAUGAUGUCUACUCCCCAGACAAGGAGGAGAAGCUCCCUUUUGGACCCCUCAAUGGCACCGCGUGGACAUACCAUUCAGAGGAUGAACUGGGGGGCUCCUCUCACUGGGGCCAGCUUACGAGCUACAGCGGUGGUGGCUAUUACAUGGACCUACCAGGGCCCCGGGAGGCUAGUGCCAACGUUCUGCGUGGCCUGAAAGAUGGGCUGUGGCUGGACCGGGGCACCCGUGUUGUCUUCAUUGAUUUCUCUGUCUAUAAUGCCAACAUCAACCUCUUCUGUGUGCUGAGGCUAGUGGUGGAGUUCCCAGCCACAGGAGGGGCUGUUCCGUCCUGGCAAAUCCGCACUGUAAAGCUGAUCCGCUAUGUGAGCUCCUGGGACUUUUUCAUCGUGGGAUGCGAGAUUGUCUUCUGCGUCUUCAUCUUUUACUAUGUGGUGGAGGAGGCAUUGGAGCUGAGGAUUCACAAGCUCCAUUAUCUGAGCAGUGUUUGGAACAUCCUAGAUAUGGUGGUCAUCCUGCUCUCCAUUAUGGCUGUGGGCUUCCACGUGUUCCGUACCCUAGAAGUGAAUCGCCUUAUGGGGCACCUCCUACAGCGGCCAACUGACUAUGCUGACUUUGAGUUCCUGGCUUUCUGGCAGACACAGUAUAACAACAUGAAUGCCGUCAACCUGUUCUUUGCUUGGAUCAAGAUAUUCAAAUACAUCAGUUUCAAUAAGACGAUGACUCAGCUCUCAUCCACCCUUGCCCGCUGUGCCAAGGACAUCCUAGGCUUUGCAGUCAUGUUCUUCAUCGUCUUCUUUGCUUAUGCCCAGCUGGGCUUCCUGCUCUUUGGGACCCAAGUGGAAAACUUCAGCACUUUUGUCAAGUGCAUCUUUACUCAGUUCCGGAUCAUCCUUGGAGACUUUGACUAUAAUGCCAUUGACAAGGCCAACCGAGUCCUGGGCCCUGUAUAUUUUGUCACCUACGUCUUCUUUGUGUUCUUCGUGCUCCUGAACAUGUUCCUGGCCAUCAUCAAUGACACAUACUCUGAGGUGAAGGAGGAGCUGGCUGGACAGAAGGACGAGCUGCAGCUCUCAGACCUCCUGAAACAGGGUUACAACAAGACUCUUCUGAGGCUGCGCCUGAAGAAGGAGCGGGUCUCAGAUGUGCAGAGGGUUCUCCAGGGCGGGGAGCGACAGCUCCAGUUCGAGGAUUUCACUAACACCUUGAGGGAACUGGGACACGCUGAGCAUGAAAUCACUGAGGUCACAGCAGCUUUCACCAGGUUUGACAGAGAUGGCAAUUGUGUGCUGGAUGCGGAGGAGCAGGAGAGGAUGCGGCAGGACCUAGAGGAGAAGCAGGUGGCUCUCAGUGCUGAGAUCCAGACCUUGGGCCAGUCCCUUAGAGGAAGCCAGAAGAAUGAGGUUCAUGCAGAGAGAGCCCAAGGAAGCCUCUGGGUCUCUGGAGAGGAAUUCCACAGACUCAAGAACCGGGUCGAGCAGAUUGAAAAUGUUUUGGGGAACAUCAUAUCCCAGGUGGAUGCUGCUGGUUCAAAGGUGAAGGCCCUGGAGAGGAAGGAGCCAUACCCCUCCCCUUCUGGAAAAGGAGAACAGUCUGCCUGGGAGCAGCUUCAGUCACCUCCAAUGCUGACCCUGACCCCAACCUUGACUUUGACUCCAGGGCUAGGCCCCUGGGAAGCCCAGGAUAGGGAGAGAGCUGGAGACACAGGGCUGUCACAGCAACUGUCUCCAUCCCAGGCCUCACCACAAAUGGCCUUCUCAGAAGACCUCUCUCAAGACACUAUCCAUUUCUAG